ACAUCCUUCAAUAUAGACUCCAAGAAGUCGCUGUGUCGAGCGUCUGAGAAGUAAAACGGCGACUGCUUCGAGUCUGUGUUGUCUACCUCCUGUAAGGAAUGUGUUACAGCGGGCUGCAAGGUCACGGGAGGGAAACCAUAGAAUUUGUGCGGCCUUGAACGAGGUUGAAAGUGACAAGACUUUGGCAUGAAGUUCCUUUGAAAUAUUUAUCAAUAUUUAGCACGAAACUAUGAAGAAUCUUUUGAUGUUGAUGAUUGAGUUUCUAGCCCUUCACUCGAUAAAAGGGUUUGUAGAAGUCGGCAUGUACAGCACCCUAAGAUCAAACCAGACUUCCACAAAGAAAGCAGAACUCACAGGCUGGAUUUCCACAGGAAGCCCAGGACUUGUAAACCUGCAGUCAGGGUCAUUUCAUACUCGUUUUACUGCAGAAAUAGCGGGACUUUACAGCAUCGAUGCAAACCUUAUUUUAUUUUACAACCGUUCUCGGUCCAUCAAGGCUGCUUUAGCGAUCAAUAGAGACAUAUCCACACAUUCCGGUCUAACCGGUUUAUCCAGUAAUCAUUCAAGUGAGUACACGCUGACUUUUUCUGGUCUUGCUAAACUAUCACAUGGAGAUGCAGUAUCUAUUUUCGUGACGUCAUUACCGGAAGGAGCCAGUUGGACGGUGUUGACCGGAAGUACCUUUUUCGUACGACUCCUCAAUUCCAAAUCUAGCGUCCCAGCAUUCCAUGCGGUCUUGCCUUGUGACAUUACAGUCCCGCCCCUCCCUUCCACGGGAAGGUUAUUUGAUUGGGCUACGAAUGGGUCUGCUGUGUUUCAGCAAUUAUCCGGUUUCUCGCCUUCUCUUGGGGAGUUCUGCGUUAGCUGUAAUGGCGUCUACAAGAUAAACGUUAACAUUCUGACUAACGUCACACAAGACACUGACGUCACUGUUACUAUAGAAACUAACUCUGGAGAUACCAUCGUCAGCGCGAAAACGAGGCACAUUGGGAUUGACACUGUCAGUAUUGGUGGGGUGUUUGCAUUUGCUGUCGGGGAUUGCUUCCGUGUGAGAAUUAAUUCAUCGGUAGCAGCAAUUAGAAUUUUAACCGGAAGUGGUUUCUCCGCAGUUUUUAUUUCCGGACUAAGGAGCAAUCCCCCUUUCUUAUCAUACCCUUUGAAUGGUACCCAAUACCUCGCAAAUUCAGGUUUGCAUGACGUCAAUUUUUCGGACCCAAAAGACUCGCCUAAGGCUCAUGUGGGCCUGGUGACUAAUCGUGACGGCUUUACUGUGGCAGUUACAGGAUCGUACAUUGUGUCAGCGGUUUUAGACAUAAUGGCCAAAAAAGACAAUCCAGUGGAAAGUCUUCGUUUGCUUGCAAUCGUCAACCGUUCACCUUCGUCUACUCUGAGCAGCGCGACAAUUGCAUCCGUGACGUCACUUCCGUACAGCGGUCAUCUUAGUCUCACCGGCGUAUUGUACCUUCGUAAAGGCGAUAAGGUUACCGCAAGCGUCAGUAAAUCUAGCGUGAGCCCUCUAACAAUUCAAACUGGACACUUUUCUGUUGCUUUGACAACCAAUGAAUGGCCUGGCUUAUCCGUGACCCUAGCUAGAAACCAGGCCUUAACACGGACAGGUUGGAACGAGAUAGGAGACUGGAAUACUGGGCUGUAUAAAGCUAACGGUGACUUCUCUUUUGAUGACUCCUUCGAUGAGGUCAGCGGUCGUUACGUGGUUCCACUCGAUGGAAUGUACAUCAUCUCUUGCAAUGUCAUAGUUACUGGUAGUGGGGCAACACCGCUGGGUGCAAUGAUCGCGGUCGAUGGGAGUCUUGACCUAGGUAGCGGGCUUUACUCUAUUCACGAUGUGCCGAAUAAGGACAUGACCGUGCCCGUAUCCGUGUCGCUGAGGCUAUCUCAGGGCCAGUAUUUGUCUGUGUUCGUCUUCACGUCACGUGGUUCGUCGUGGACGCUCAGUAACAGCACUGGGUUGUCGGUGGUGUUUAGUGGUGCUGGCCUGACUAGUGUCCCAGGAUCAUUUGCAGUUACCCUCGGCACUCAAAGUCACUCCUCUACUGGUUGGCAGGAAGUUUCACACUGGACGACUGAGGGGGGAGGGGUGGCCAAUACUACAUUCCGCACAGGGGGGAGCUGGGAUGCGUCAAAAUCUCAAUAUACCCCGGAGGUGUCGGGUUUGUAUUUGGUCACAGCUAACCUUUUGAUGAGCCACGAUGGAGCAAGUGAGAUUAUGGCACAGAUUGUCCCCAAUGGCCAGUCAACUAAGAUAACCGCAACACAGGCAUACCACCAAGUCGGAUCCGUCUCUAGACAAAGUCGCUUCACGCUAAGCAUCUCGGGAAUCCUCUCUUUGACGACGGGGGAGUAUGUCUCAGUCUUCAUUAAAUCUGUGAACGGGAUCAACUGGCGGCUACUGUCACACAGUAGCUUUUCAAUCACACUCGUGUCUUCUGAUGCCAAUCAACACAGCACGGGACUUAACGCGUUCAAGAUUUUAUCGGACACUGCACUCUCCUCGGGUGUGUUUAACAUCAUCCGCUGGCGAACAAGCCCUUUCGGAGGCAUGCCCAUGUACGCAGUCUUCAGCAAACGGCUGGACGUAACGAGUAUUCCAUCGAGAAGUAAGGCGUUCGUGGAGGUAUCUCUUACCGGGUUCUACGCUGUCCAGAUUACCGUCCAGAUCAUACCUAGCCAUGUGGGUCGCUAUAUUCUUUCAGCGUGUAUCGACGAUGGAUUUGCCGCGAAUUCCUUAACGGCAGUCAUCGGGUCUGAAGAUGGGUCUACAAAAUUUGGAAUCACAGUUUUUGGAGUGUUAUAUCUUACUAAAGGACAAAAAGUGUGGCCAUGCACUUCGGCGUCGAAUUCUGGUUAUACUAUAAGAAGUAAUGGUGGGUUUUCGAUAGCUUUGAUAUUAGCACGUGACUCAUUACCAGGUCUUCGUGAGGAGCGGGUCGGUGCUGAUUGGACCUCUCAGGGCGCCAGCUCGCUGUACAGACGCGGUGCAAUGAGUACUAGAGCCCAAGCCCCAAACACAGGGAUAUACCUUAUUACCUUAUCUGUAUCUGACAGGACAGCGCCUGUCUGUCUUGGUAAUGACCGCUGCACAAACUGCUUGUUUCUCCAUAAUGGUGAUACGAUAGUCAUGACAAAACUUUUACAGAAGACGAGUGAAAUCUUUCCUUGUGAGAGUACAAACAAUUCAACUAUUUUACGCUCGGCGCAAUAUCUCCCGAACGCAUCAGAGAACAACACCGUGCUUUUUUCCCCUGUGCCCACCUUCUUUAGCUCCAGCGGUUGGCAUUCAUUGAGUAGCUGGCGGUCAGCGGCAGGUCUGAGCGCGGGCGCAUGGGAGGUUUCUGUAGAUGGAUUAUACGUUGUCGCAUUGUACCUUGUGUUAAGCUCUUCUGAGGAGAACACCUUCAAGAUUGACGUCACUUCCGGUAACACAUUAGAACCAGUCUUACAUGCCACCUCGGCGGUCCGCGCAAACACAGGGAUCCUGAUGGGCACACUUGCUUUGGCGCGCAUGCGUGCUGGAGAGAAGCUGCGGCUCAAAGUCUACUCGGAGAAGGACACAACAUGGGCGAUCCAGAACCAUUCCCUUGUAACAACAGCCCUCAUGACGUCACAACCUAGUACCCAUGGCCUUGCGGUGAAGCUGAGACAAGAUGUAAAGAUCCCUUUGGGAGGCCUGUGGUAUAUCCCUGAGGACUGGAAACCACUGGACCUGGGACUGGCCCAUUCGCGCGGCAUCGCGGGAAGGUUUGUGGCGGGUGAUGCAGGCGUCUAUCUGAUCUCGGUCACAUCCAUCAUCGUCAAGCACACUGAGGAAUCGAACUGUACCUUAGAACUCAUUGCUUCAAUCAACGGUGACGUCACAAACAGCAAUGGUCCCAGGACCUCUCGAGUCAUCCAAGCACAGCCCGGACCCCUCACGGUCACCCUGAGUAUAUCUGUUUCGCUUUUGCUGACAAAGUGGCAAGCGGUUUACCCCAUGGUUAGAAUCACGCCAGCGUACUGUGAAGCCGUCUUGUCCAAUCAGACCUCGUUCUUUGCUUUGCUGAUAGACAAAGAUGUGUUGUACACCAGAUGUAACGAAUCGGGUCCAUACAUUACCCGGCAUCCUCCACCAUUCCUGCUUGAGCCCGCUGACGUGACAAUUUCAAUCAACUUGACAUGCGCAGCUUUGUCUGCUCAUGAAAUCACAUAUAAAUGGCUUCAUGGCAACAAGGUAAUCUCGUUCGGCCCCAGUCUUUUUAUGGACAAAGUGUCAAACGCAUCCGCUGGUCGCUAUAUAUGUAUCGCGGAAUCAGCAGGAGUCAGUGUUGCGUCACAGCCGGCGGUACUUGAAGUUUUCGAUUCAAAACCGGCAUUCAGAGAAAGACACUACAGCAAAGAAGUAUUGGAAACAACAGAAAUCGGAGAAGUUCUACUGGGGCUGAGAUUUUCGGCUCUAGGCAGAUUCCACAGGGCAACCAAUGUAUCACUAACUGUCACCAAGGGUAAUAAAGGCGGGAUCUUCAUGAUCACCCCAAAUGUGUCACGUGAAUACGCGGCCCUGAUAACUGCGAAGCCUCUGGAUCACGAGCACACUUCACGUCACGAGCUGACCAUCACGGCUACCAACACGGACACGAAGCUUGCAACCGUCAUCACGGUCACGCUGAACGUCACGAACACGAACGAUCACGCACCGAUAUUCAACCAAAGCUUUGUGCCAUUAUUUAUCCCAGAAAACACUACAGUCGGAACCACUGUCUACCACGCCCAGGCCUACGACAGGGACCUGGGCACGUAUGGUCACGUGACUUAUCAACUGAUACCCGGGAGGGCAUGGGACACCUUUGCAGUUAACAAAACAACAGGGGAUAUUAAAGUGACAAGAAGCCUGGACCGAGAGAGUAACGCAAGCUAUAGCGUGACAGUUAUGGCUUCUGACGGCAAAUUUCAAGCAUUUCUUGAAAUCGACGUACAUAUCCAGGACAUCAACGACCAGUACCCAGUGUUCUCGCCUCAAAAUUACUCGGUGGCAAUUUCCGAGGAGUCCUGGGUUAGACUCCCAGUCCUCCAGGUGACUGCAGUGGACAUGGACAGCGGUUCUAAUAGUCAAGUUACGUAUUCCAUUGUUGAUGGUAACUCAUCGUUCAGUAUAGACCCAAAUACUGGACAAAUAAUCGUUCACCGGACUUUGGAUUUCGAAGUCACGCGGUCGUUCAUUUUGAGGGUUCAAGCCCGCGACAACGGAAAACCUGCAUUGGUAUCACGUGACUAUGCUUACGUCACAAUAAACAUCACUGAUGAAAAUGACAACAACCCAGUGUUCGACAAAAGAAGUUAUAACUUUAGCAUCACGGAGGACGUGGCCAAAGGGACCGUUUUCGGUUUUGUCCGGGCCAAUGACGCCGACUCUGGGAAAAAUGCCAAACUAUCGUAUUCGAUUCCCGAUGAAGAUGUCCGCAAGACAUUCGCGGUUGACGAGAUAACCGGCAAUUUAUCCGUUGUAGGUGACAUCGACCGAGAAAGGACUGGUAUCUACUCCUUCGUCGUCGUGGUGACAGAUCAUGGCUCGUCACCGCGUGUAGGGUUCGCUGUGGUAUCUGUUCGAGUUAAAGACGUGAAUGAUAACCAACCUGUUUUCCGACCGCAAAACUAUACCGUCCGGAUUAGCGAGGGGACCUCGGUGGGGACCAAGAUUGUGUGGGUACACGCUCACGAUGAGGAUAUAGGGCCCAAUGCACUGAUAACGUACCAUAUCGAUAGCGGAAAUAAAGAGAGCAUAUUCGACAUAGAGGAUGGAACAAUAGUCCUGAAUGGAACACUUGAUCGAGAGGUGAUGGAUCAGUACACUUUGGGUAUCUUAGCGACAGACAACGGUGAACCACCUCAAUUAUCACGUGACCCUGCGAUAGUUGUUAUCACUAUCGAAGACAUAAACGACAACUACCCAGAAUUCAACGCGAGUGUUUACUCUGUCAACAUAUCUGAGGAUACAAGUAUUGGCACCCAGGUCCUCUCUGUCUAUGCCUCCGAUAAGGACCUGGGGUCGAAUGCUCAUGUUCAGUACUUCAUAAUCGCAUCAGCAAAUGACGACAUCAAGAGAGUAUUUGAUGUCAAUAAAACGACCGGUGCUAUUUCUACCACCUCCAACCUCGAUUUCGAGUCGGCCAACAACAGAUUUCAGUUCCAAGUCGAGGCUAGAGACAACGGCAAACCUGCUUUGUACAGUCGAACAACUGUUGAGAUCAUGGUUACGGAUGUGAAUGACAACCGUCCUGUGUUUGUGGGGCUUCCACGCGACAUAUCGGUGAACGAGAAUUUGCCUGUCAAAAGCACAGUGCUCAUUGCGCAUGCGCAUGAUGAAGACUCUGGCUCGAAUAGCGAUGUUCGUUACAACAUCACCCACACAUACGGGUCACGGGGAGAUAUCCACCCUGACGAUAGAACGUUUGAUAUUGAAACGGUGACGGGACGAAUAUUCACCGCAAAGCAGCUCGACCGAGAGAAUAUUGCUUAUUAUAUACUUGUGUUAAAAGCGUGUGAUUUGGGCAGGCCACGUCUUUGCACCAAUGCUAACAUAACUAUACGAUUGCGAGACAAAAACGACAACAGACCCGCAUUAUAUCUCCCCAAACAGGUGAAUAUCAGGGAGGAUUCGCCGGUCAAUACGACGAUAUUUACCGCUUACGCAAACGACUCAGACACCGGAGAAAAUGCACGAAUUAUUUACGACAUAAAAAAUGUAACAGAUAACCAUGGUCAUGUUCUUAAUCCUUAUUCCAUAUUUGGUAUCAAGCCGGACUCUGGGCGGCUAUUUAUAAAUAGACCGCUGGACAGAGAACGAGUUUCGCGUUAUGACGUCACAAUCGAAGCCCGUGACGGUGAAAUCACGCCACACAGUUCCCAGGGUACAGUUGCCAUAGUGGUUGAUGACGUCAAUGACAACAACCCGAAAUGUAACUCGUCGACAUCCAAAGUAGAUUAUAUGAUAUCCACCCGUGAAUAUGAGUCAUUAUUGACCUUGCACGUGUGUGAUAAUGAUGAGGGGAAUAACUCGGUGGUCGAAUUCACCAUAGCACGGGUAGUGACUGAUUCUGAAUGCGAAGGAAGGUUUGAAGUAUCAAGUAAUGGCACGUUGUACAAUACUGUGCCAUUAGUACACGCGUGCAAAUAUACAAUCACUGUUACCGUGAGGGAUUGGGGCGAGCCUAGACUGACAGGGACGUGUGACGUCAUUGUCAACGUGGUUGAAGAGUCACAGCAACAUGCGACAAAUAAAGGCGUAAAAGGCGAAGGUUUGACGACAGCUGAGAUGAUUGGCGUCGGUGUAUCUGUAGCAGUCCUUGUUCUUUUGAUCAUCAGUAUAUGUUUCUAUUGCAAUCGAAAGAGAAAGUCUGAAUCAAUAUCUGGCAGACGUUACGGUUUUGAUAACACCACAAUCUCAAAGAACUAUGGGAUGGCUAUGGAGAUGCAAGAGUAGUCCAUUUUAAUCGUACCAAAGAGUUUUAUCAUUGCUAUAUCGGUUAUAUUUUUAAUACACCAAAAACUGGAAUUCGACUCUGCCAAAUUUUCGUCUUUAAUAAGACUUCUUCUGCCCUGAAAAUUUGGCAAAGUCGAAUUCCAGUUUUUGGUGUAUUUUAUUCAUUGUUCUGGUACGAGAUCACAACAGUUUUGGGCUUUUUGAUUCUAUGGUUUUAUUUUUAAUAUUUCAUUUAAAAAAAACGUAAUUUUCUGUGCAUUAUUGUAUAAUUCAGCAAUAGAGCCAUACUAAAAUGCAUAUCAUAUUUUAAACAAAAUUUAUAUAAAAACAACAAACCAUUUAUCACACAUUUGUCAACUAAGACCCGUGUUCACAUUUCGGUGCCUUUUGCGCCCUCUGGUGAGAUAGCAUAGCCGUAGCAGGCCUUAAUUAUUAGGGGGGGGGGCACAAUACAGAAAUAUUAAGAAAACAAUGGUGGGCACAGCCACGCCCCAAAUGGUCAUUUCCUUAUAAUGUUUGAAAAUAUUGGGGGGGGGGGGGGGCACGUGCCCCCAGUGCCCCACCCCCUGCUACGGCCCUGCAUAGAGGACGGAAGGCCCUUAAAAAAUCGAGCAAGCGAAGACUUGCAGAAAGGAUCGCCACAUGCUUCGAGAAAAAAAAUCGAGCAGUAAAACUUUUCGAGAAAAACAAAUCGAGCAAAAAAAAUAAAAUGGUCCGUUCCUAAACUGACUAGUUGUGUCAUUUACACUGUGUGCUGCUAGCGGUGUGUUGGUGUUACUGUCACUAAAUAUAGUAUAUCGGACUGUAUCCCUUGGGGUUCGCGCCCUGGACCUCUGCUUCCAUAAGAGCCCUACCACUGAGCUUUCAUGGGUUGCCUGUGUCCUGUUGAUACCUGGGCGUCUCCAAGGGGGAUGUUCCUGGGGCUCGUGAUGGAAGACCCCAUUUUUGCUGUCAGCAUAUGUAGGGGACUGACUAUAUUUUUUUGACAGUUCGGUAAAUAAAUAGUCCAGUUUCGAGUUCCACGGUGCCUGCUGGACAUAGGCACUGAGGACGCAUAAAUACAGUUAAAGCCUCGGUUUCAAUUAAAUCGCCUGCAAAUACCAGCAAGAACAUGAAGUAUUUACAGGUUUUUGCAUUGUUUGUUCCAAGUACCAGAGGAUUCUCGCUAGAUGCACAUGAAAUUUGCCUCAAGUCGAAGCUUACACUGUAUUUGUGCGUUCUUAGUCUGUAAGUCCAGCGGUCAUAGUGGAACUAGAAAUUGGGCUAUUCGCCCCAAAGAGCACUCAAUUGCGGGCACGAAAAAAUAUCAAACAUCAAGAAAAGGAGCCAUCUCCCGUCAGAUAUUAAAUGGUCGGUUUUCCAGGGGCUAGGAAAACCAACGAGGAACUGCGCUCGCCUCUGUAGUUGGGUUGAAUAUUUUAAAAUACUUAUAACACCAGGGGUCUCACAUUUGUUUCCUUUAUUUGAACAAUUAUUUUACACUACUCUUUUCGUUGAAAUGCAUUAUUAUACAACUGUGCCAGUAUAUCACAUAGAAAACUAAGAAACUAUUUAUUUUAUUAACAGCGAAUUUUUCUCGAUUGUAAUAUUCAAAUUCAUCAAAAUAAUAAUUCACUCAGGCUUCAAACCAAGACUAUAAUGAAACUUGUAUAAGCGUGAGUUUUCACGCGUUCUGGGGUGUUCUGGUAUUUUUUUAGUUCUGGCAAUGCCAUUUGCAAAAUUACCCCAGUUAACCCCUGGUGCCCGCUUCCGAAGAAUCCAUAAGACUCCGUUUGUUAUUAAGCUUGUAAGAGUCUUUUCUUUAUAAUUUGUGUCAAUAAGGAAUAAAAAAAAACCUAAACAUA